AUGAUUCGCAGAGCAGGGGUCCAUUUUUGUGAGGAUGACCGGGAAAAACUGUAUUGUUUCAUCGACGGUUACAUGGCCGACUCGUUACACACUGUUGUCGAACGCGAUGGCAUCCUUCCCAAUAUCGUUUACAAGGUCAGCAUUCCCAUGACAGACGCCGCUUGGGUCAGCUACAACCAAGUUCUCGCUACAUUCGGGUUCGCCAAUGGUGUGAAUGACAUGCUCAUUGCGGGCUCCGACAAUUUCGACAAGUACACAUACAUGAUCGAUGAUGUGAGCGCAGAACACGAGCAAGGCUGGAAGGUACUAGCGAGUUCAAGUGAGAGGAACCUCGACAUGGCAAGACUUUCGCAAGAGCUGGUGCAGAUCUGGAAGAAUACGUGGAUCGAGAAUGGAUCUGGCUAUGUCGGAGUGGCCAAGGAUAUUGUGCAAUAA